GGUUCUUUGAACUCGACCGACGACAUAUACACCACCUUGCCACUGACUGAUUACCAAGACUUCAGUAAACAUGGGUCGUCUUGCUGAAAUGCAGAGAAAGCUCUUGGAGCAAAUGAUGGGACCGGAAGCCAUGGGAGUUGCGAACGCCAACCUGGUUUGGUCAGAUGAGAAAGUGUGCAGAAACUUCCUUUGUGGAACAUGUCCACAUGCUUUGUUCACAAAUACAAAAAUGGAUCUCGGCGCCUGUCCCAAGUCUCAUACAGAGAGACUGAAAACGGAAUUUCUGGCCGCCAAAGAAGCGAAUCCUAGUGAUCCGGUUUUUAACAGGUUUCAGAUGGAAUACGAGUCAAACAUAUUCGCAUUUGUGGAUGAAUGUGACAGGAGAAUAAGGGCGGCACACAGAAGGUUGGAGAAGACCCCGGAAGAAAAUGCGAAGACGACAAAUUUGAUGAGAGAAAUUGCUGAAAUUGAGCUCGCUAUUCAAGGAGGCACAGAAAAGAUCGAAGUUCUAGGAGAGCAAGGAAAGGUGGACGAGUCUCUGAGGGAAUUAGCUGCUAUUGAAGCACUUAAAAGCGAGAAGUCUGAGAAAGAGCGAGAGCUCCAACAGCUCACAGACACUUCUGGAGCGUCUGGCCAUCAGAAACUGCGUGUCUGUGAUGUAUGUGGUGCAUACCUCUCAGUUCUGGAUUCCGAUCGCCGUCUUGCAGAUCACUUCGGAGGCAAAAUGCACUUGGGUUAUCACGAGUUGCGGAACAUGUUGUCGAAGUUCCGAGAGGAUCGUGAAAAACGUAAAAUGGCACCUCCGCCAUCGGCUCCUUCAUUGACACCCGGAUCUGCUCCUGGUGCACCUGCUCGUGCAGGCAGCGAAAGAGGAAGCGACUACCGAUCCUCUCGUGACGAAUAUCGUGAACGUGACAGAGGAUACGAACGGCAUUCGACCUCGCGAUACGAUGAUCGACGAAGAGAUCGCGAGCGUUCGCGGUCACCUGGUCGAAGGAGGUACUGAGAGCACACCUGAGCCUUUUGAUCAGAAUUCUACUGGUGUCAUGUAAUCGCUUGUCAAAAUGCCCUAUAACUUUUGUCAAUUGUGCUAUUGGCUAGCCCUGAAGGCAGGUGCAGUUGGUGUACGCUCUUGGGGAUACUUCGGUUCUGGAGUAUGACUAUUAAGUGUACAUCGAGGACCUAUAUACGCUGUUGUGAACUUUUAUACGCGAUGAUGAGCAAUUAUGUCUUGUCAGAUGAUAUGACGUUUAUGCCGUAACUAUAACUCAUGUUGAGACUGAAGGUAUACAUGCGUUGGAUGUGAAAUAUAUAGGAUACAUGU